AAUACCAAACAAGCAAGACGGGCCUGCCCCAGGACCUCUGCACGCAGCCGACCGACGCCUCCGACGCGCACAGCAACAAGAGCUAGUAGGAAAACCGUCGCUCUCGAUGGGGCUGGAAGGCACAGCAGCAAUUAGCAAGCUGCCAACCGAGGCCGCACCGCGGCGCGCCGCACCGGUAAGCACCGCAGCGCGCCCUCCCAGCCCGGCCCUCCCAUCCCCCGGACGCGCGGCGGCCAACGCGCGCGCGCGCAGGCACACCCAACACCAGGCUCAGGAGGCACAACAACAGAAUGCGCGCGGCGGUGAUCCUGGCCCUCGCGGCGCUGCCCCCGGCGCGCGCGUCGGCCGCGACCUGCCACACCUACACGCCGGCGGAACAGGCCGACGCCACGCUCAUGUGCGCGUCGGCCGUCGACUACGACUUCGCGGUGCCCGCGGGCUUCCACCCCGACGAGGCCGCCAUUGCGUUGGUGAACGGCGACGACGCCGCCGAGAGCGCGCGCCUCCACGCGUCGCUGGAUACGCCCUGCAAGGCGGCGCUCAAGAAGCUCGCCUGUCGCUGCCGGCGCCCCUUCUUUUCUUCUCUCCGCGCCGGCCCGCCCACACUCGAACUCGACGCGGUCGCGUCGAUGGCGUCUUCAGGAAACCGGGUCGCCUCGACGACGUGCCGUCAGAGCGUCGACGCGUCGCGCGAGAGAGCCGCGGCCGUGUCGCGAUGGCCUUGUACAAAACUCACAAACGCCACGCAGGCCUCUCAACCCACGCCACGUGCGGCGCCACAUCAUCACCCUGCCAGGCGACCUGCGACGCCGUGUCCGCGGCCUGCCCCGCGCACGUGCUGACCGACCUCGGCGUGACCUGCUCCACCGACACGGCGACCUGCGUCAGCGGCCAGGACGUCGUCGUCGGCGCCGUGACCGAGGCCUACGAGGGCACGGCCUGCGCCGGUUUGGUGACUGACAUCGCGGUGCCGGCUGGGCCUCUGGUCGGACUCGGAGCAGAAAUGAAUUUGAGCUUGACGUGGUCGCGUCGAUGGCGUCGGCGCGAUGCCAUGCCGCCCUUGACGCCGUCGACGUGGCCGUCAGAGCGUCUACGCGUCUCGUGAGAGAGCCGCGGCAAUUUCGUGACGGCAUCGUUCAACACAGGUGGACCCGACAAUAGCUCCCCUCCAGCCCCCGUCCGUCGUCCAGGCCCUCGUCGAGGCCCGGGUCCAGGCCCUGCAGGCGCAGAUCCCGACCUGGGCGUCGGCCACCUGCCAGCGCGCCGCCCGCGCGGCCGUGUGCGCGCGACACGUUUCUCUACCAAUCAACGGCCUCCCGGCCAUUUCUGGUAUGCGACGGCGUCCUACUUUCGCAUUGACGCCGUCGACGGGACUCGCGCGUCCAUCGCCGUCGACGCCGUCGCGACGCGAGAGAGCGACGCAAUCGCGACUGACGGCGUGGCCUUCGCGUCGACGCCGUCGCGGCGAGAGAGAGAGCGACGGUCGACGCCGUCGAUUGACACUCCUUGAAACACAGGCCGCGAGACCUGCGACGACUACCGCCUCGAGUGCGCGGGCAUGCUGUCCAGGGCCGACUCCUACUUAGACGAUGCUUUGAAGCUGGACUGCGACGAAAGGGGCGACGGGUCGUGGGGCUUGUCCGGUCCUUCAUCCCAGUCUCCUGGUACGACGGACGACGCGCUCCUCAACACUUCACUAGUUGUAAUCGACUUCGGCACGGCCAACGACCUCGACGCGUCCACCCCCAUCUCCUGCGGCCUGGGCAUGGCCUUCGUGAAAGAUCCGUCGCGGCCGAACCAGAACAAGGUCUCGCACACGGCCUGCGCGAUCACGUGUCCUCCUCCUUUAUAUCCGAGACGCUGGACCUUCACGGGGCCCUACUUGCAAUGGCGAGGUUUGAUCAGCUGGGUCCUCUGGCACAUCACCUUCUUCCUACUCAUAUGCUUUACGUUCUCCUACAGUUGGAUCUUACCGGAACAUUUUAAAGAUAACUACCACUGGUUCAUGUGGUUCUUCUCUUUGUUGUUCACGCUGGAGGUGAACUGGGCGGCGCGCUACAUGGCCGUGUCGCGGAACGUCCACGUCGGCGAGAUUUUAUGUGUUGAUCAAACGGCCCCAUCAAUUCAGGAGGACUGGAACGAGUGCACGUGGCUGGCUAUUAUUGCGGGCUACUUCUACCGGUUGACGCCCUUCGUCUUCGUCGCGUCGGCCACGGACCUACUACUACGCGUCCGUUACUUGUAUUCCCCGAAAGAGGUCUGGCGCUUCUUCAAGCUUUAUGGGAUGCCCCUGACCUACCUUUUACCGUUCUUCCUCGAUACGUUGCCGAUGAUUUUGGCCGGGAAGGCGGGCUACGACAAUAGUCUAGACUUCUACUACACGCACGACGGGUGCCACGGGGCGUCGCGGACGAAGACGCACUCGAUCUAUGUGGAGGCCGGCUGCUAUGUGGUCUACUUCGUCGUCAUCUUCACGGCGUUGCGCGAUCUCCAUAGGAACGUGCGCGCCGUGCGGGCCGGCGUCGAAGUCGUCGCGUCGACCUCGACGCCAUCUUCAUGAUAUCUGCUCGAUGGCGUGCACCCGACGCACUCCACGCCAUCGACGCGCCAUCGACGCGACCCCGACGCACUGAUUGAUUCCCACGCAGGUGCGGGCCAUGACCAAAAAGGUCACGGAUUUUAAGGUAGCGAGAAGUGACUUACCGAAGUCCGCGACGUCGAUGGUGACCAUGAAAGCUAAACAGAUGGUCUCGAAGUUCGACUUAGAUGUCCUGAAGCAGCCCCUGACCUUCAACAUCAUCAUCAUGAUCAUUCCGGUCGGUAGAGUGCAGUACAUCUACACGUCACUCACAGCUGCCGGCCGCUAUAUCGGGAACUGGGAGGACUGGACGAGCUGUGCGCUCGCGCACUGGAUGCUGCCCGUCUCGCAGCAGAAAGCUGUUUGUGGCAAGUUUCCCGCCCACCUCAUGAUGCGCAAGGACGGCCGGACGGCCGACUCGGGGGAUCUCUUCGUGUCGAUGAAUGGUUUAGUGGUCUACCUCAUGUUCCUGUUCUGCGUCGUCUGGCUGACCAAGGACUUCACGCUCUCGCAAGAAAACGUCAAGUUGUGCCUCAAGCACUACCCCUGGUCCAAGAAGUACAUCCCGCGCUGCUUGAUGCAGAAGAAGAAGAAGGCGGGCUUCGCGGACCGGUUGAUCUCGUCGAUGACGUGGGAGCAAGCGAAGAACUUAAAGACGGAGGAUUGGACGGGGGGCGCCUAGUAUUGGCCGCGUCUGCAUGAUCAUUUCCUCAUGAUGUCCCCGCGCAGGUCCUCGGUCGCGGCGAUGGACUCGACGGCGUCCACGGACUUCAGCAGCAUGGACUCGGCGACGACGGCCGCGUCGACGACCAUGCACUCGGCGGCCUAGCUCCGCCGAAACACGUUGCCGCGCCGCGCCUCCCCCCCCAACGGCCGCGGCGCGCCGUGAUGUUCCCCCUACCCAUCCCGUUGUGGUGUAUUAGCAUCCGUGUAACGUUGAUCCCCUGUAUUAUCACAACAUUCUACUUACUAAUCC